AUGGAUAAAGCUCGUGGUAAAACGUUGAAAAAGAAGCAGAUCCUUCAGUGCAUGGAAAAUGGUGUACUACCUCAGGCGAAGAGAGCUGCUAGUAACAUGCCACGUGCCAUGCCACCAUGGAUUGUUGUUAAUAUAGACGUCUUCGCCCCCACUACAGCUGUCGUUGAUGCUGGCUGCUGCGGUACAGAUAAAAUGCCUGCUUAA